GAUGCUAAACCUAGACUCCGAAGAUGGAUCUUGUUGCUACAAGAAUUCGACUUAGAAAUCAAGGAUAAGAAAGGAACUGAAAACGUAGUAGCAGACCACCUCUCUAGACUUGAGAACCUUGAACCGGAAAGAACAUCAAUUAAUUAUGAUUUCUCGUAUGACAAACUUAUAGCUACUUUGGAAGAAAACAACUCCGACAUGCAAGUAGAAACCACCUUAGCUAUAUCUGUCACACCAUGGUACGCUGAUCUCGUCAAUUAUUUAGCUGCCGGAAUAGUUCCACCUACUUUAUCUUACCAGCAGAAGAAACGAUUCUUCUACGACAUAAAACACUAUUACUGGGAUGAUCCCUUACUUUUCAAAAGAGGCCCCGAUGGUAUUUUCCGUCGAUGUAUACCCGAAGAAGAGGAAUGUGACAGAUGUCAACGCAAGGGAAACAUAUCUAGACGUGACGAGAUGCCACAAAAAGGUAUUUUGGAAGUAGAGAUCUUCGACGUGUGGGGAAUAGACUUCAUGGGACCUUUUCCAUCCUCUUUCGGUAACAAAUACAUACUCGUGGCAGUUGACUACGUAUCAAAAUGGAUCGAAGCUGUAGCCUCCCCAACAAACGACACCCGAGUAGUAACUAGACUCUUUAAGAAUAUAAUAUUUCCGAGAUUUGGCAUCCCAAGAAUAGUAGUCAGUGAUGGUGGAUCGCACUUUAUAUCCAAGGUACUCGAAAAAUUAUUAUUUAAAUAUGGAGUGAGACAUAGGAUAGCGACACCUUACCACCCUCAGACCAGUGGACAAGUGGAAGUAUCUAACAGAGAAAUCAAGCAAAUACUAGAAAAAACGGUCGCCACUUCAAGGAAAGAUUGGUCAUUGAAAUUACCAGAAGCUUUGUGGGCAUACCGAACUGCUUAUAAAACCCCCAUAGGGACGACCCCAUUUAAGCUCAUUUAUGGAAAAUCCUGUCACCUCCCGGUAGAAUUAGAACAUAAAGCCUAUUGGGCUAUUAGAAAUCUGAAUCUAAACUAUAAAGCCGCCGGUGAAAAGAGAAUCCUUGACAUAAACGAAUUAGAAGAACUCAGAAGAGACGCCUAUGAAAAUGCCAGAAUCUAUAAAGAAAGAACAAAACAAUGGCAUGACAAGCGUAUAUCAAGGAAAAUCUUCAAUCUGGAUGGAUACUCAGGGUACAACCAAAUUGCGGUGGCACCUGAGGAUCAAGAAAAAACAGCAUUCACAUGCCCAUACGAAAUCUUUGCUUAUAGAAGAAUGCCAUUUGGGUUAUGCAACGCACCUGCAACAUUUCAGAGGUGCAUGACAUCCAUAUUUUCCGAUAUGCUGGAAAAGCACAUGGAAGUGUUUAUGGAUGAUUUUUCGGUUUUUGGAUCUUCCUUCGAAAAUUGUUUGUAUAAUCUGUCACUUGUGCUGGAAAGGUGUCAACAAACCAAUCUAAUUCUGAAUUGGGAAAAGUGUCACUUCAUGGUGAGAGAAGGGAUCGUACUAGGUCAUAAAAUUUCCCAUCAAGGGAUAGCAGUUGACAAGGCAAAAGUGGAAGUGAUCGCCAAUCUCCCUCAUCCUGUGAACGAGAAAGGUAUACGGAGUUUCUUGGGACAUGCAGGAUUCUAUCGGUGGUUCGUCAAAGAUUUUUCCAAGAUCGCAAAACCUUUGACUAGCCUGCUUGUGAAGGAUACUCCGUUUCUGUUUGACAAGAAGUGUAACGAAGCCUUCGAGACUCUGAAAAAUAAAUUGGUGUCUGCUCCUAUAGUGAUCUCGCCUGAUUGGUCUCUACCCUUUGAGAUAAUGUGCGAUGCGAGCGAUAUAGCAGUAGGGGCUGUCUUGGGGCAAAGAAAAGACAAACGCCUCCACGUCAUCUACUAUGCUAACGGUUAUUCAGGAUUCUUUCAAAUCCCAAUCCAUCCUGACGACCAAGAAAAGACUACCUUCACAUGCCCUUAUGGUACAUUCGCCUACCGACGAAUGCCAUUUGGCCUAUGUAACGCUCCCGCAACAUUUCAAAGAUGCAUGAUGGCAAUCUUCGCAGAUUUUAUAGAUGACAUCAUGGAAGUCUUCAUGGACGAUUUUUCUGUUUGCGGUCAGAGUUUUGAAGGAUGUCUAUCUAACCUCGAAAUGGUACUCGAAAGAUGCGUGAAAGUAAACCUCGUUUUAAAUUGGGAGAAAUGCCAUUUUAUGGUUCAACAAGGAAUUGUAUUAGGUCACGUGGUAUCUGACAGAGGAAUUGAAGUGGACAAAGCUAAAAUCGAAAUUAUAGAGAACCUUCAACCUCCGAAAACUGUUCAAGAGAUAAGAAGCUUUCUAGGACACGCCGUUUUCUACCGACGUUUUAUUAAAGAUUUCUCAAAAAUAACGAAGCCACUUACAGGAUUAUUAAUGAAAGACGCUGACUUCAUAUUUGAUGAAAAAUGCUUAACAACGUUUAACCAACUGAAAACAUCUUUAAUCACCGUACCCAUAAUGCAACCACCUGACUGGAGACUACCAUUUGAAAUCAUGUGCAAUGCGAGUGAUUACGCAGUGGGCGCAGUACUAGGACAAAGGAAGGAUAAGAAGCUUCAUGCUAUUUACUAUGCGAGUAGAACGCUUGAUCCAGCCCAAAUGAACUACGCCACCACCGAAAAAGAACUUCUAGCCAUCGUGUUCGCAUUGGACAAAUUCCGUUCCUACCUGGUGGGGGCGAAAAUUAUCAUAUAUAUUGACCACGCUGCUAUUAGAUAUUUGUUAAGUAAGAAGGAUGCCAAACCA